AUGGCUGCUCACAGCAUCCGGGUCCCCGCCAUGUGGUCCCCAGGCCGGGUAGCCACACGUCCAGAGCUGCAGACCCCGAGAGCCAGCAGGGGCGACUCCCUGCAGUCGCCUUGGGAGACUGAGCGUCCGGCCAAGAAACUCCGGAGCGGCCCGGACGAGGCGGAGGAGGAGGAGGAGCAGCGCUGGAAGCCGCCCAAGCGGAAGGUCGUGCUGCUAGUGGCCUACUCCGGGAAGGGCUACCACGGCAUGCAGAGGAAUGCCGGGUCCUCGCAGUUCAGGACCAUCGAAGAUGACUUGGUGUCUGCCCUCGUGCGGUCAGGCUGCAUCCCUGAGAACCACGGUGAGGACAUGAGGAAGAUGUCCUUCCAGCGGUGUGCCCGCACUGACAAGGGCGUGUCUGCAGCUGGCCAGGUGGUGUCCCUGAAGGUGUGGCUGAUUGACGACAUCUUAGAGAAGAUCAACAACCACCUUCCAUCUCACAUCCGGAUUCUGGGCCUGAAGCGGGUCACGGGCGGGUUCAACUCCAAGAACAGGUGUGAUGCCCGGACCUACUGCUACAUGCUGCCCACCUUCGCCUUUGCCCACAAGGAUCGCGACGCCCAGGAUGAGAGCUACCGCCUAAGCGCCGAGACAUUGCAGCGUGUCAACAGGCUGCUUGCCUGCUACAAGGGCACCCACAACUUCCACAACUUCACCUCGCAGAAGGGGCCGCGGGAACCCAGUGCGCGGCGCUAUGUCCUGGAGAUGUUCUGCGAGGAGCCCUUCGAGCGUGAUGGCCUGGAGUUCGCCGUGAUCAAGGUGAAGGGCCAGAGCUUCAUGACGCACCAGAUUCGCAAGAUGGUGGGCCUGGCGGUGGCCAUCAUCAAGGGGUACGCGCCCGAGAGCGUGCUGGAGCGUAGCUGGGGCGAGGGCAAGGUGGACGUGCCCAAGGCACCAGGGCUGGGCCUGGUCCUGGAGCGUGUGCACUUUGAGAAGUACAACCAGCGCUUCGGUGGGGACGGGCUGCAUGAGCCGCUGGACUGGGCACAGGAGGAAGCCAAGGUGGCAGCCUUCAAGGAGGAGCAUAUCUACCCCACCAUCGUCAGCACCGAGUGCCGCGAGCGCUCUAUGGCCCAGUGGCUGAGCACUCUGCCCGUCCAUGACUUCAGCGCCACUGCCCUCGCGGCAGCCGGCACAGGCGCCAAGGUGCCCAGUCCCCAGGAAGGCAGCGAAGGGGACGGAGACACUGACUGAGGCGUGUUCAGCCAGCAUGGGCCCCAGGUGCCUCCACGGCUGGGGCCGCAAGAAGCUGGUGUCGCUGUAGCUGCGGGUUUCGCCCGAGCCGCGAGAGCCAAGACGACUCGCCAUCCACAGGCAGCUGGCUGGUCCCCUCAGGAUCCUGCCCAGCAUCCCGCAACUUCACCCGGGCCGCCCACACGUGCUCACGGUGACAGAGGCGCGCCUCGCGCGGAGAGGCACUAUUUUUCUAAAGAAGUGAAUUUCUUAUUAAAGAAGUAUAGAUUUUGCUUAGUA